CAUUCGAGUUAGCCACAAGUCCAAAAGUUACUCAGAAGUAGAGCAACCCGAAACUCAUGGAGUAUUCAAAGCAGGACUUCAUUCGUGUGCGGGCUCGGAGAGGCCAAGCUACUGACAGCCUUAGCGUGGCUGAGUGGGUGCGCUGCGAAAAGAUUAGGAAGCGGAUGAAGUACUUGCAGGACCUUGUUCCUGGCUGCCGCAAAGUCACUGGCAAAACAGACAUGCUCGAUGAAAUUAUCAAUUACGUCCAGUCCCUCCAAUGCCAAGCCGAGAGUCUUUCGAUGAAGCUAGGGGCCGUGCACCCUGCUCCUUUAGACCACUUGACACUCGAGAGCCUCCUGAGCAUUGAGGAGGUUCUGCAGUCGCAGUGGUCAAAUAUUCUUUGUACCUCAGACUCGACAAGCUCUCCAGAGUUUGGGUUGCAACAGCUCCCGCAGCAGCGAGGGUCGAUGCUAGAUGGGCAUUGCAACUUCGAUCACUUUCAAGCAAAUUUGGGCUAUAGCUUCAAUGGAAGUUCUUAACGCACCAUGAGCACUCCCAUUGGUAACUUUGCCGAGAUGCAAACAAUGGUGAAUUCUUUUGAUAAUAAUCUCGUCUCGCAAUUUACGAAUUGGAGCGACUCGCUGCCCAACGUCAUGCACAUGGCCCAGCUACAACAACAAUCUAGCCGCCUUGGAUCAUAUCAGCUCCCUGUGGGUCACAUGAAGGUGGAGUUCUGAUGGAUGGCAACAGUAUCCAGCACAUUUCUUGAGCCAAGAGGCUAUUAUCGACAAUUUUGAAGAGUUCUGCACAAAUUUCUAGCGUAUUUUCGCACAUGCGCAAUAGAGUUUCUCUACCGAAUACCAUAAGCGAUCGUAUGGAUGAUUGCCUUUCAAUAUGAAUCAACUGUUUUUUUGCUACCGUAAUUUUUCCAGGGGUCUGGUGGAUGUUGUGUAGGUGGUCAAUUUUGAUCACCGCCUAGACACCCACACUUAUGCAGUGCGUAGCCAUACUAUCGUGAACACUUGAGCCUCUUCCGGGAACGGAGAAGUCUUCCCCGGCGCCUUGCACAGCGAAUUAGCAUCUCUAUGUUGUCGAUCUCAGAUUUAUUUUAGCGCCUAUACAGAGAUUUACACUACCUAGGUGUAAAUAUAAAACAGCCUUCUCAAACUCCCUAAUUCCUACUGGGCUGUGGGUAUUCGCAAUAUUCAUUCUAAAAAAAUUAACAUAAACGCAUUUGUCCUAUGCCUCUGUCUAUUUGCAUGUUUAUUUGCCACUACAGUUUUGAAAGAUGAGAGGAUCUGCUGUGUGGCUACAAGUUUCACUUUGACGCCUCACAGUAAUUUCAUCUUUACAUGUAGACUUGCCAUCCUCUUCUUUACAUUGUAUUGUGCUUCUUGUAUGCGGCAAGAACACUUGUAGUAAUUGAUCAACACACCAUUACAUCAAGGCCAAAGUAGAACUAGUUGAUGUAGCUCAAGUGUGUACCCUAAACAUUGGCAACAACAAAGGCGGCAUUUCAUGAGGUGCCCAAGAUGUAAGGCAAAGUGCUAC